AUGAAUCCAUACACUUAUCUUCCUCAAGUAAAAUCUAGUCAACUACCAAUCAUGUCUAAUGAGGGUGAGUGGACUGAUCGUAUGUACAACCAGCACAAGGUCUGCUGUGAGCAGUGCUAUGACAACCAUCGAAGAAGGUCAGACUGCAAGCCCACGCACGAAGGGACACUGAUAGUUCUCGCGCAUGGCUCGGGCCGUCCCAAAGGGUCCAAGAAGGGGACAGCGACUGUCCCCGCCCUUGUCCUCCAAGACAACACCUUCUUACCAGAGAUGCGUCUGGAGUUCGAGGGAAACAAGCCCACAAACAAGAUGCUGCGCGACCAUCGAAUAGACCUCUGUACCAAGGAGGUAGCACAACAACAACAACAUGGAGCACAGUGGCAAGCACUUCAGGGUCAAUCAUUAGUCAUGCACUUGCGUUUCUUCGACUCUGGGGCACCUCAGAAUGUUGUCCCAAACAUGCUUCUGGGUCAAGCCACGAAUAUGGCCCCGGGGUUGGCCAUGAACAUGGCUCAAAAAUGUGCCCAGAACAUGGCUCCGGGUUCCAAUUCGAGGAACUAUCGGGGAUACGUUUACGUGGGAGGUUGGCGAAUGGAGCCAAGCUGGUGA